AUGUUCUUGAAGAACUCCAAAGUGCCCGACUUCAUCGCAUUGCACGAAGGGUCGAUCCGGGAGGAGAAGACGCAGCCCACGAUGGAGUUCUACUCCAAAGACAAGUAUCCCUGGUUUGGCGACAUGACAAGCCAGAGUGGCGAGGAUCUGUCUCUUCCCUCGGAUCCAAGCGACACCAAAGCAGACAAGUGA